AUGAAGCAUCGCGUUCUUUUGGCGCUCACUGCGCUUGGCAGAUUCGCUAGCUUAGGAAGCGCAGAGGCUUUCUCAUAUAUCGAAGCUGUGGUCACCGAGUGCGAUGAUGGCGAUGAUGCCUAUGAGACCAAUGCAGCUACGACGGCUGGUGCUAUCAUUACCCCCCCAGCAGAGCAUGGCACCUGCGCCUACACAAUGCCACCAUGCGACUGCGGGUGUCCAACAUGCACAACCACAAGCGUUUACACCACUGCUUAUCCGAUACUUUGCCCAACAGGAGUCUCUGAUCAGCCUUAUACGAUCACGGAAACCUACGUUGGUAUGUCCACGUUGCUGCCUUGGCCAACACCGACUUCUAUUCCAUACGGUUUCACAACCAGCGAAGCAGUUUGUCAUGCCUGCGGCGAUAAACCAGUGACUACUGUUAUCACCUGCCCGACCGGUGGAGCAACUUAUCACGACAGUCAGACGGUGAACCCCCAUCCCUCCCCAGCCGGCCCAGCUGUAUCUGCGGCCGUGGGCACUGAAGCGAAAAGUGCCGCCUACCCAGGUGGCAGCCACGCUGGUACCGUCGGACAAUCUGCAGAUCCUGUUGCCACGAAGCCUGCAACCAAAUCACCUGCACAAAUCCCUGCCAACGAAUCUCAGAAUUAUGCAGAGUCCGCAGCGCCAAGCAAGCAAACUUCAGUACCUGCAGCUGAUGGAAACAAUGGAGCCUCGCAGUCCGCAAAGGAUCCAGCCCAAGUUAGUAGUGGCUCUAUCACGAGCCGCUUCGUGGCACCGAUGCUUCUCGUUGUAGCCGCUGUUGCUGCCCAAUUGGCAUAA